AUGGAGAACAAUGAAUGGGAAAAUUCGGUACAAUCGACGACGGUCGAAGAAACUGAAAUCAUUUCAAAUCGUGACCUACUAGCAAAUGCUCGAAGCGACAAUGGUAGCAUUCGUUCGGUCGAUGUAAACCAUCAUUACGGUAAUAUGACGCAUAGGCAAAAUUCAGAAUCGAUUACGGGAGAUUCUAAUGAGUCUGUGCGGGAUGCUUUUACCACAAUUUCGAAGGCAUUACCGUUAAGAAAUGAAGGAUUUGAAAUUACAGAUGAUGACUUAUAA